AUGCCCGAAACGGAGGAAGCGCCAGAGGUUGUCGACGCAAGAUUGAAGAACACGAAGCUGAAUCGACGCACCGCGAAAGCCGCAUUGACGAGAGCCGGGAAAGCCCUGAACCACCUGAUAGAAGGACAACGGCCACGAGAAGAGGUAAGCGAAUCUCUUCUUUUAUAUAAGAAAACGUAUGAAACGUUAGUAUCGAAGCAUGAAGAAUAUACCAAUUUAAUUGAGAAUGACGAAGCAUUCACUGUAGAGGAACACUGGCUAGAAGAAUUUCAGGAAACAUUCAUGAAUUUGGAAACUAACGCGAAAUUGUAUAUCGAAAGUAAAUUAGAAAGUAAUGUCGAACAGUCAAGUAAUAAUGUAGAAGCAUGUACCAGUGUUACAAAUUUAGAACAGCAAAUGGACGGUGAAACAAGCAUGCAAAAUUCCGAUGGAAUUCCAACAAUGCAUGAGAAUACCUCUAGUAUCGUAAUAAAUACGUCGCCUGCGGCUCAGGCGCCUAAUUCUGUCAGCCCUGUUAAUGAACAUGUUCCAGCUGAUCAUGCGAACGAACAAAGACAGCAAAGCGCGAGUCAAACUUGUAGUUUUAAAAUGGAAAAGCCUAAAAUGCCCAAAUUUACCGGUGAUGUAAGAGAAUACGCAAUUUUCCGCGCUGAUUUUAAAUACGCAGUAGAAUCAAGAUAUGGUAAACGCGACGCAAUGACAUUUUUACGAACAUGUCUCGAGGGUAAACCACUUGAGUUAAUUAAAGGAAUAGGCUCAGAUUACGACGCUGCGUGGGAAUACCUCGAUUCUGUUUACGGAGACCCCCGAUAUGUUUCGGACACGAUUACUCAAGAUAUUGCCAAAUUUAAGCCGCUUCGCGAGGGCGAAGAUUCCCGAUUUUGCGAGUUAGUUCAUCUAGUGCGACGAUGUUAUAAUACAUUGAAAGAGGUCGGACUACCUAGUGAUAUGGAUAACAGCCAUAUGUUGUCUAUAAUAGAGCAAAAAAUGUGUAUCGACGACCGGAAAGUGUGGUCACGAGAGUUACAGCGAGAUAAAAAACAGGCAUCGUUGAAAGGUUUGAUUGAUUGGAUGUCGAUAGAAAUGAAGUCUCGAAUGCGUGCAACAGCGCCGAUUAGAACCAUUAGUAGCAAUAAUCGCUUUAUCUCCCACUUAACGAAAACUGAUGACGGAAAAAGUGACAUCACGAGACAUAAAUGUUGGUUUUGCAAGAAUUCUGCCCACUGGCCGGAUCAAUGUGAAAAGAUUAAAGCUCUAAAACCCGAAAAACGCCUUGAUGUUGCCAAAGAAAACCACGUAUGUUUUAGUUGCCUAAAGCGAGCUGGUCGAGAUCAUAGAAUGUCGAACUGUAAUAGACGUAGACAAUGUACAAUAGUUGAAAAUGGUAAACAAUGCCCUUCCUUUCAUCACCCCCUGUUGCAUCAAAGUACCAAAGCUAAU